GGUGGCAGGGCGAAAGGUCCGAAGAGCUCCGCAAGAGCAGCCAGACCUGGGGACGCACCGACGCGCCCGGGGACGCCGAGGCUCGGAGCGCGACAAUUUCCUUGAGCUGGCCAGGAGCGCGCGCCGGAUUCGCCCCAUGGCCCGGACUCGGAGCUGCGAUCCCCGGGGGGCUCCCGGGAUUCGUUCCCUUCUUGGUGCCUUGUUCGCCGGACUUCUCUUCCCACGCGCUGUCGCCUUCAACCUGGACGUGAUGGGCGCCCUGCGCAAGGAGGGUGAACCGGGCAGCCUCUUCGGUUUCUCCGUGGCCCUGCACCGGCAGCUGCGGCCCCAAACCCAGAGCUGGCUUCUCAUGGGCGCUCCCCAGGCCCUGGCUCUUCCUGGACAGCAGGCGAAUCGCACUGGAGGCCUCUUUGCUUGUCCUCUGAGCCCGGAUGAGACUGACUGCUACAGAGUGGACAUCGACCAGGGAGCUGAUGUGCAGAAGGAGAGCAAGGAGAACCAGUGGCUGGGAGUCAGUGUUCGGAGCCAGGGACCUGGGGGCAAGAUUGUUACAUGUGCCCAUCGAUACGAGUCAAGGCAGCGAGUGGACCAGAUCUUGGAGACACGGGAUGUGAUUGGCCGCUGCUUUGUGCUAAGCCAGGACCUGGCCAUCCGCGACGAGUUGGACGGUGGGGAGUGGAAGUUCUGUGAGGGGCGCCCCCAGGGCCACGAACAGUUUGGGUUCUGCCAGCAGGGCGCAGCUGCUGCCUUCUCCCCUGACAGCCAUUACCUCCUCUUUGGGGCUCCAGGAACCUAUAACUGGAAGGGGUUGCUUUUUGUGACCAACAUUGAUAGCUCAGACCCCGACCAGCUGGUGUAUAAAACCUUGGACCCCGCUGACCGGCUCCCAGGACCAGCCGGAGACUUGUCCCUGAAUAGCUACUUAGACCUCUUGGGAUGUGCAGGUUGGGAGCUGUGGCACACCUGGCCUCUGAGUCUUGGGGAAACACUCAGUGGAAAGUCACCUUCUCACCUAGGUUUUGCCAUUGACUCUGGGAAGGGUCUGGUACGUGCAGAUGAGCUGAGCUUUGUGGCAGGGGCCCCCCGUGCCAACCACAAGGGAGCUGUGGUCAUUCUUCGCAAGGACAGCGCCAGUCGCUUGGUGCCUGAAGUUGUGCUCUCAGGAGAGCGCCUGACUUCUGGCUUUGGCUACUCCCUGGCUGUGGCAGAUCUCAACAAUGACGGCUGGUCAGACCUGAUAGUGGGUGCACCCUACUUCUUUGAGCGCCAAGAAGAGCUGGGUGGUGCUGUGUAUUUGUACAUGAACCAGGGUGGUCACUGGGCAGGAGUCUCUCCACUUCGGCUCUGUGGCUCCCCUGACUCCAUGUUCGGGAUCAGCCUGGCUGUGCUGGGGGACCUCAACCAAGAUGGCUUCCCAGACAUUGCUGUGGGAGCUCCUUUCGAUGGGGAUGGGAAAGUCUUUAUCUACCACGGGAGCAGCCUGGGUGUCAUCACCAAACCUUCACAGGUGCUGGAGGGCGAGGCUGUGAGCAUCAAGAGCUUUGGCUACUCUCUGUCGGGUGGCCUGGAUGUGGACGGGAACCAUUACCCAGACCUGCUUGUGGGCUCCCUGGCGGACACCGCGGUUCUCUUCCGGGCCAGACCUGUCCUCCACGUUGCCCAUGAGGUCUUCAUUGCCCCACGGGUCAUCGACUUAGAGCAACCCAACUGUGCUGGUGGCCACUCUGUCUGUGUGGAUCUAAGGAUUUGUUUCAGCUACACUACAGUGCCCAACAGCUACAGCCCUAUUGUGGCCUUAGAUUACUUAUUAGACGGGGACACAGACCGGAGGCUCCGGGGACAGGUUCCCCGGGUGACCUUCCUGAGCCGUGGCCCGGAUGACCCCAAGCACCAGGCCUCGGGCACUGUGUGGCUGAAGCAUCAGAAUGACCGAGCCUGUGGAGACACCAUGUUCCAGCUGCAGGAGAAUGUCAAAGACAAGCUUCGGGCCAUUGUGGUGACCUUGUCCUACAGUCUCCAGACCCCUCGGUUCCGGCGCCAGGCUCCUGGGCAGGGGCUGAACCCGGUCCCCCCCAUCCUCAAUGCUUACCAGCCCAGCACCCAGCGGGCAGAGAUCCACUUCCUGAAGCAAGGCUGUGGUGAAGACAAGAUCUGUCAGAGCAAUCUACAGCUGGUACAGGCCCGCUUCUGCUCCCGGGUCAGCAACGCCGAGUUCCAGCCUCUGCCCAUGGACGUGGAUGGGAGGACCGCCCUGUUUGCACUGAGUGGGCAGCCAGUCAUCGGCCUGGAGCUGAUGGUCACCAACCUGCCCUCGGACCCAGCCCAGCCCCAGGCUGAUGGGGACGAUGCCCACGAAGCCCAGCUCCUGGUCACUCUUCCCGCCUCACUGCAUUACUCAGGAGUCCGGGCCCUGGACCCUGCGGAGAAGCCUCUCUGCCUGUCCAAUGAGAACGCCUCCCACGUCGAGUGUGAGCUGGGGAACCCUAUGAAGAGAGGUGCCCAGGUCACCUUCUACCUCAUCCUCAGCACCUCUGGGAUCACCAUUGAGACCACGGAGUUAGAGGUGGAGCUGCUGUUGGCCACGAUCAGUGAGCAGGAGUUGCAUCCGAUCUCUGUUCGAGCCCAUGUCUUCAUUGAGCUGCCGCUGGCCAUUACAGGGGUGGCCAUACCCCAGCAACUCUUCUUCUCUGGUGUGGUGAGGGGCGAGAGUGCAAUGCGGUCUGAGCGGGAUGUGGGCAGCAAGGUCAAGUAUGAGGUCACGGUCUCCAACCAAGGCCAGUCACUCAACACCCUGGGCUCUGCCUUCCUCAACGUCAUGUGGCCCCAUGAGAUUGCCAAUGGGAAGUGGCUGCUGUACCCCAUGCGGGUGGAGCUGGAGGGCGGGCAAGGGCCUGGGCAGAAAGGGCUCUGUUCUCCCAGGCCCAAUAUCCUCCAUCUGGAUGUGGACAGCAGGGAUAGGAGACGGCGGGAGCUGGAGCAGCCAGAGCAGCAGGAGCCUCAUGAGCAGCCGGAGCCCAGCACGUCCUGGUGGCCAGUGUCCUACGCUGAGAAGAAGAGGAACAUCACCCUGGACUGUGCCCAGGGCACAGCCAAAUGUAUGGUGUUCAGCUGCCCACUCUACAGCUUCGACCGAGCGGCCGUGCUGCGCGUCUGGGGCCGCCUCUGGAACAGCACCUUUCUGGAGGAGUACUCAGCUGUGAAGUCCCUGGAAGUGAUUGUGCGAGCCAACAUCACAGUGAAGUCCUCCAUCAAGAACUUGGUGCUGAGAGACGCCUCCACGGCGAUCCCAGUGAUGGUAUACUUGGACCCCAUGGCUGUGGUGGCAGAAGGGGUACCCUGGUGGGUCAUCCUCCUGGCUGUGCUGGCCGGGCUGCUGGUGCUGGCGCUGCUGGUGCUGCUCCUAUGGAAGAUGGGAUUCUUCAAGCGGGCGAAGCACCCCGAGGCCAACGUGCCCCAGUACCACGCGGUGAAGAUCCCUCGGGAAGACCGACAGCAGUUUAAAGAGGAGAAAACGGGCACCAUCCUGAGGAGCAACUGGGGUGGUCCCCGGCGGGAGGCCCCCGAAGCGCACCCCAUCCUGGCUGCUGAUGGGCACCCUGAGCUGGGCUCUGAUGGGCAUCCUGGGCCAGGCACUGCCUAACUUUCUUUCUCCCAGCCUGGCCUGUGGGUCUCUCCACCUCUUCCUGAGAUGGCGCCUCAGGGUGGAGAGUGUGGAGUGAGUUCCUCGCAUCGCAUCGAGACUUGGCAGGAUCUGCUUCCUCAGGGGCACUGCCCUCUCCCAUCCACGAGAACUGCCCCCCAGACUUCCCCUUAGAAUGCUGUGAGCCAAGAUAGGGUAAAUCAGGGAUGGGGUGGGGCAGGUGAGAUGGGCAGGGAUGUCCUGGUGCAGGGUGGAGAAGGGAGCCUGUUCCCUCCCCUCCCGUUCACCCCAUGUAACCUGUCUCCCCCAAAGUGCCUUACCCAGAGGGCCAGGGAGGAGAUUGUGUCACUCAGGGGCUCCUUCCUCCCCACUCUUCUGACCUUAGUUUGCUGCAUCAGUCUAGUGGGUCUUGUCUAUUUAUUAAAAAAUAUUUGAGGACAAAAAUCUCUGGCUUCCUUAUUGAGUGCUGCUCCCUUACCCCCAGGGACCCUGCUUCUCUCUGGCACCCUCACAGCCCGGGACAAAGGGAGGAGUGGGAGGGAAGCUUUUGUGGCCAGUUCUAAGCAGCGCAUGGGUGUAUGCUCAGAAGGGGGUGGGGAAUUUGCCACCGGGACAAGGGACCAGGGACAGCCACUGUGGCAGGAGGUGGGCAAAGUUCAGGAAUUUGCAGCUGGAGCCAGGACGGUAUAAUGUUUGUAUCUUUUUCUGGUGAGGGUAGUAACACAGCUUUUGUACUGUGGAAGGAGGGAUGGGAGCUAGAGAUCCACCCCGGCCCUGCAGAGGUAGGUGCAGAAGAUCUAGAGGAGCACAGGCUGCGGAGCAUCUCCUAUUCUUUGCUUGAUCCCUCUCAGGAGGAGACAGACCAGGUGGUGGGUGACUUGUUCUGAUUAGAGGCCGGGGAGGAAGUCAGUGACUGCCUCGGGGCCAUGAAGAUUAUUUCACAGCCUUU